AUGGCCUCCGACGCGGGGCUCUCCCUACCGUGCCGCCUGCCCUCGCCCCUCCCUCCACCGGUGCUGCGCCGGUUGCCCCGUGCCGCCGCCGCGGCGUCCACCUCCCCGCGGUGCCGCGUCGGGGCGGCGGCGGCAGCCGUGCCCGCGCGCGCCCGCGCCCGCGGCCGGUGCCGGCCUCGCGCCUCCGAGGGCGAGGCUCAGGGCCCGGUAGUGCAGCAGCAGGAGGUGGACAACGAGGCCUUCUAUUACGACCAGAAGGCGAUCAUGUCCAACGAGGAGUUCGAUAACCUCAAGGAGGAGCUCAUGUGGGAAGGAAGCAGCGUUGUGAUGCUAAGCGCAGAUGAGCAAAAGCUUUUGGAAGCCUCCAUGGCAUAUGUCUCUGGCAACCCCAUCAUGACGGAUGAAGAAUUCGAUGAAUUAAAGUUGAGACUAAAGAAAGAAGGAAGCGACAUUGUACAGGAAGGUCCAAGAUGCAGCCUACGGAGUCGAAAGGUCUACAGUGACUUGACUGUUGACUACUUCAAGAUGUUGCUGCUAAAUGUUCCAGCAGCUGUGGUAGCUCUGACACUAUUCUUCUUCUUGGAUGAUUUGACGGGAUUUGAAAUCACAUUUCUUCUUGAGUUGCCAGAGCCUUUCAGUUUCAUCUUCACAUGGUUUGCUGCACUGCCUUUAAUAUUUUGGGUAGCACAGGCAAUCACUAAUGUCAUAGUGAAAGACUUUCUGAUUUUGAAGGGCCCAUGUCCAAACUGUGGGACUGAAAAUCUUUCCUUCUUCGGGACCAUAUUAUCAGUGUCUAGCGGUGGUUCAAAAAACAGUGUAAAAUGUACAAGUUGUGGCACUACGUUGGAGUACGACUCUGCAUCCCGAUUGAUUACACUCCCAGAACCGGCUGAGGCAUAA